UAAAGGCUUCCAAAACUGCCAAGGCAAAAUGUCGCGACGGUGGCCGCAUCGAAGGAGGGAGUUUACGCCCUUAACGGUAUUAAUUCAAAACGUGACAAGAUUUAGAGCUAUAUUUACGCCCUUUUUCAAAGAGAGAAAUAGAUACCCUGAUGAGAUGGCUCCAAGAGCUGGAUCAAUUGAACCCCCAACACUGCCUAUGGGAAUCCACCACAAAUUGAGUGCUAAUGCAUACUGUACUCGUGAUGCCAGACGGCUGGUAAAACCUCCAGUGGUCAGUUUUACAGCAGUCACAGGGACAAAAUCUCUUCCUUCUGGACUGGCUGCUGAAGAAGAAAUGGUACAAGAGUCAAAAGAGUAA